UUGUCUCGAAAGCUGUUCGGGUACAUCGAGAUCCAAACAGAGAAACAGCGCUGCGCAUCAACACUGUAGCGUCUCGCACUGUCACAAAACGAGCAAGUCCAGCGAAUACAUCUCACACAGACAUGCCGUCUGACACACCUUUUAAACAGAGAAGGAGCUAUGCUGAGCGUUCUAAAGAAGUUCAACAGAUCAGAGACCAGCAUCCCAACAAAAUACCAGUAAUCAUCGAGAGGUACAAGGGUGAGAAACAGCUCCCCGUCUUGGACAAAACCAAAUUCCUGGUUCCUGAUCACGUGAACAUGAGCGAACUGGUCAAGAUCAUCCGCCGCCGCUUGCAGCUGAACCCCACGCAGGCCUUCUUUCUGCUGGUGAACCAGCACAGCAUGGUGAGCGUGUCCACCUCCAUCUCGGAGAUCUACGAGCAGGAGAAGGACGAGGACGGCUUCCUCUACAUGGUCUAUGCCUCCCAGGAGACCUUCGGCUGUUAAACAAGAGCAAAUGAGCCAUCAAGCCAGCGAGCACAACGGGAAGAUGAAAGAUAGAAAGCAACAGCAAACGUACAACAAACAGAAAUGUGCCCUCUAGCUUAGAACUCCUUGUGUAGUAAAACCAGAACUGAGGAAUUAUGUUUUUUGUUCAUGCACAUGUGCCGAGUGACUGUGUGGUGUACCAUUCUGUGUUUAACAACAAAACAAAAUCCAGCAAAUGGCCUUCUUGCGUGGAUAUUCGGGUCAGCGUAUUUAAUUGCUAAAUAUUAUUAGUAGAUGAGCCUUUCUGUUGUGAUUCUCGUUGUAAAUGUGAACAAAAAAAGUAACAACAACCUUAUAUGUCAUUGCCAAAAUAGCCCAAGGCCUUGGCCCUUGAAAGUGUGAGGCUGUGAUCGGGCCUCAUGGCUUCACAAAUAGAAUUUAAAAACGGGUACAUUUUAAAUAGGCGGGUCACAGGGAAUCAGUGUCUGUCGACUCUUGUUCUUUGCUAGUAAGUUAAUGUGUAAAACGAUACUGUACUUUUCUACAUGCUGCAUGGUUCCAGCAGGUGGCACUGUGCUCUAUUUCCUUAGUCUUUUUUUAAUCCAAGAGUUUAAUCCCAGUACUACCGGUCAAACUGUAGCCGGGAACUCAAGCAGUCCACGAAACAGGACCCCAGAACAUCACCACCAGCGCUAACCCUGCCUUUUCCAGUGAGCCCCACCUCCCUGAUCUGGGACUGGCAGAUUAACAUUGGUCAGAUUUUGUUCAGCCCGUGUCAGGAAUCUAGCCAGUAUAGUGGCCACUAAAUCUUAGUUUGAGAACCAGUCGUUUCCCCAGCAGGUAGUUUCGUAGCUUUGGUACGAGGGACAGCUACUGCAGGGGAUCAUGCAGUAGGGUUGUUGCUACUGAUAGAUGUCUGGGGAGACUUUUGUCUGCAGAAAAGAGUGAGAAGUUGCUUGUAUUGUUCUCCUUUUCAUUCAUGUUUAACCAAGGUGAAGCUUCUGCUUGAAAAGAGAUUCACCACAACACCUUUCAUUCAAGCGCAGUCAGCCCUCGGUGCUACAGUGUGUGUGUGUGUGAGGAGUCCAUUUAAAAGCUGUGGAUAGUGUGUGUAUCUCAUUACUAUUAUUAUUAUUAUUGUAAUCCGCUUUUUAUGUAGGAAUAAACAAGCUUUUUUGCACUUAAAAAAAUAACUAGACCUUUAGGAACCAAGUAGUGUUUUAAUGUGUAUAUGAUUCUGUCACCCUGCUUUCUCUUUGUAGUUUUUGAGUUUUGAAUGAAAGGUUUCGUUUGAUAUACACUGCAUGCGGUUUCGACCCUGUGAAAGAGGGCCAACUGAAAUGAGUUUUUAUUUUUUAUUUUAAUGUUGUCUUGUAUUUUUUUGGAUUUGUAUUUCCUUUUAUUUUUUAACCAAAAAAAAAAACACUAUGUAUGUGGGGGCAGGAGGUGGGGUGUUUAAACAAAAGUUCUAACUAUAUAUAAUAUUACACAAAGUUAAGUUAAAUCUUA